UUUUGCUGCGCGCUCCCUCCCACUCUGAGCACUUCUUGUUUCUGACAGCGGAGCGCUGCGCUUUUACGCACGGCUUUCACUGUAGUGGAGAGCAGCGUGCGAUGCAGACCGUCGCAUGUCUCCCUGUUAACCGCUGCUGACAAUGGUCCUGUUACUGGCUUUAGUUGUUAUUCUCUCGGGAGAACCAGCUCUGUGUCUGCAGGAAGAAGGAGCAUUCACUUUAGAUGGAGACAUCCGCCAGUUCGCCGUGACCACCGACACGGUUUACAUCGCCACAGAGGAGACGCUGUACCAGCUGAGCCACAGCCUGACACUGGUCCAGAGUCUGAGCCUGAGGGGGAUUUUAAAGGAGGGGAAAAGCGUGGAGGAAGCGCAGUUUCACCGCGUUUCUGAGACGACUGAGCGGAACGCAACGUUUAAUGUCCACGUAUUGUUGCCAUUUGUCGCGAACAAGUCUCUGGUCAGCUGCGGUGCGACUGACAAUGGGUGUGGAUACUGUGAAGUUCUGGACUUGAACAACAUAAAGACAAUUAUCUAUAGCGAGAGGAUCCAGGUGGGACCAUUGAGGCGAAGCAGCGGGUCCGUCGCAUUUUUGAUGAAUAUAGAGAACAGAGGGACUUACAUUCUGACCGCGUUACGGAAAGAAGAAAGACAUUCCAUUAAGUGUAACACUGACUACAACACUGUAAACAUUCACGAUACAAGUGAUGAACAGGGUGGAGGUAUAUUUUCUACUACCGACACCUCAGUCAUACCUCCGAUCAGCAGUGGUGGUGAUGUGGAGUUCGUGGACGGAUUUCAGAUCAAUUCAACAGUAUAUCUGCUCUCCAACGUACAGUCAGGUCCUAGAAAUAACAAAGUCCGACUCGUUUGGCUGACAACAAAUUCCAGUAAGACUCAGACUCUAAGGUCUCUGCGCGGUGCGACUCUCGUCGUUGCUGAUGGAGCAGAAAGCAGCAGACUUGUGGCCUCCUCUGUGAUCCCGGGUGAACCGCCGGUGCUGUGGAGCGGAGUGUUCAGUGUGGACGGAGGACAAACCAACACAGAGCUGGUGGUGUUCGACAUCAGCCCCGAUCUCACAAUAGCGGUCGAUCAAGAUCCAGAUUUCUGCUUUGGAACCUGUACUGGGUCAAAGCCGACGCCAAAAAGGCUGAAGCCAAAGGCAGUUCUCCUCAGACAGAACUACAUGACCUCUGUGUUGGCGCUGAGGCAGAGGGUCUGGAUGGUUUUCUUCAUGGGGACAUCAGAUGGACAGCUCAUUAAGCUUGUUGUGGACAAGAACUACCACCCUGCGUGUCUCACAGUGCUCUACAGAGCCAACGACAACCGCCCAGUGUUUCCCAAAAUCCAUCUAGAUCAAGUGGAUCAUAAACAUGUGUAUGUGGCUUUAAGACAUCAGGUAAAGCGUGUACCUGUAUCAAACUGCAGCACAUUCACAAACCUACAGGAGUGUUUGUCUGCUCAGGAUCCAAACUGUGUGUGGUGUUCGUCUAAACGCAGCUGUGAAUUUGAAGAUGACUGCAAAGACUCAGAAUGGUUGUCUAUUCCUGAAGAUUUCCAUAACGAUCCAGUUUCCUACAAACUUGAAAGGAGCCACGCUGGCCAGCUCAAGCUGAUCGUUCAGACACACCUGACUACGAGGCAAAAGGAUCUGUCUGGCUUUGCCUGUCAGUUUGUGGGAGCAUUUGGAGAGAUGUGUGAUAGGAACAACCCUCCUCCACAGUUCCCACAAUGCACCUGCAUCCUAAGAAGUGGGACACUUCCUGAUGAAGGCCUCAAUCUCACAGUUCGGUUUAGACUUGGAACCGUAAGUUUCACAGAACAACUGAAACUAAACAACUGCUCUAACAUCAGAGGAUCACCAAGUUCUUUCUUGUGUGAGCGUUGUGUGAAGUCUGGAUGUAGUUGGAGCAAAACUGGCUGUUCCUGGGAUAAUCUCGGAGUGGGAAACGCCAGUGUUUGCCAAACCAUAAAGUCAAAGAUGAGCUUUUCUCCCCCAGAGAUCUCCUCCAUCUCUCCCAGUGUUGUGUCUUUGUACGGCAGGAACCAUGCAGUGUUGUCAGGUUACAACCUCAGUGAUGUGACCAGAGUGAGGUUUCAGAGAGACACGGCCUGUGCUGCACAAGAGUCUCCUGUGUGGAACAACACUGGUGUGAAUCUGACAUUCCACAUUCCCAGUACAGAUUAUAAAGGUGUGGUCAGUGUGUGUGUCGUUUUGCCAGAUGGCAGUUGCCAUGGCAACUAUGGCAUCUCCUACCAGUCAUCACCCACCUGCAUCAGAACUGAACCAAACAGCACCUGGUUCAGUGGGAAGAGAACUAUCACACUCAUCGGCUCCCACCUAGAGUUUGUGGAAGGGGUCAUUCACAGCCACAACCCACAAGACGUCACACUACCCAGAAGCAGCAAUUCUGGGAAUCUAACAUAUGAAACAGCUGCAGCAAAAAGCACCCAGCAGUCCUUUUUCAGCUCUGUGUCUCUGAAAGUGGCCAACGAGACCUUGGUUUGUUCCACAAGCUUCAAAUACCACCCAGACCCUGAGUUCAUUGCCUUUAAUUCCCUCACAACAAUGGGCUACGUGCUCAUCAUCGUAGAGAAGAAGAAGCAUGAGCUGGAGAUGACGACAGCAGAGUUGUCAGUGUGGGGCGUUCACGGUGGAAAACAGCACCCCUGCAUCAUGACUGGCAAAGAAACCAGCAACAAGAUGGAGUUUUUCCACUGUCACAUUAAGAACAUCCCUGAUGUUACAUUUCAGGAGUUGAUGAUACAGUAUGGUGACAGGACGGUGAGACUAGGGCCUCCAUCUUUAUUACCCCAGGUCCUACUGAUACUGCGUGUACUGAUACCGUGCAUGUUUGUAGUGUUGGUGAUGAUCUGUCGAUGGCAGAAGAAGCUCACCACUGAGAAGAAGCUUUGAACAUUGGGUCCAACUAUUAUUCAAUGGUUUUUAUCACAUUUUUUCUUACUGAUUAGCCAUCUUUACAUACUGUCAAAGACCUCAGAAGAAUGGACAUCGAUGGUAAUUGUAAAUUUUAACAUAGGCAGGAGCAAGCAGUCAGACGAAUGAGCAAAGGUAGACAGUCAGACAAUGUUUGAUGAUUCAGAUGACUUUUAAUGCAGUAGUGUGAUUAUAUUCUUAUUUUGUAAACUUGUAAUCACGGUGAAAUGAAGUUUAAUGUUUGAGGACAGGGGUCAGGUUUAUAGGGUGAUGCUAAAAAAGCUAAUCUAAGUAAGUAACUAAGUUUUGACUGGUUGGAAAAAAAAGAACAGACACCAGGGCAGAGGGACUCUGAGCGAAAACUGAGUGAAAACGAAAGGAAGAAGUCUUUGGAGGAAAACAGCUGACUCUGGGCAGCUCAGCCCCUUAACCAGGCAGGAUGAAGCAUCAUGGAGAAAAUCAAGUUCAGAACCGAACAUUCUACCGAUCAUUCUAGAAAGACACUUUCAACCAACCAUCUACACAGCUUUGACUCGUCAACUCAGUUGAGUUGACUCAGGAACACAAAACAAUCUGGCAAGAAGCAAGGUGAGAACUGAGGCUUACAGUAAAUACAGAACUAAUGGUUAACUGAUUACAGCUGGUGAAACACAUGACUCAGAUUAAAGUAAAACAAAACUAAGGCUGACAGGAACACAAUAGGAAGUACUAAAAAUAAAAUCACACACUAAACAAGA